AUGAAUUCCCUUGGUCUCACCACAUUAUGCUGUGUUCUGGUUGUGGUUGGAACACUAGAGUGCUUCUCAUAUGCACAACUAGAUCCAUCGUUUUACGACAGCACAUGUUCAAAUAUGCAUUCAAUUGUACGGGAUGUGCUCUCAAAUGUUUCCCAAUCUGAUCCCCGAAUGCUUGCGAGUCUCAUCAGACUCCACUUUCAUGACUGUUUUGUUCAAGGGUGUGAUGCAUCAAUUCUUUUGAACGACACUGAUACGAUCGUGAGUGAGCAAAGUGCAGCGCCAAAUGACAACUCAAUAAGAGGUUUGGAUGUUGUGAAUCAGAUCAAGACAGAGGUGGAAAAUGCUUGUCCUGGCAUAGUUUCAUGUGCUGAUAUUCUUGCUCUCGCAGCUGAAAUAUCUUCUGAGCUGGCUAAUGGUCCUGUUUGGGAAGUUCUAUUGGGAAGAAGGGAUAGUUUGACAGCAAAUCAAACCCUUGCUAAUCAAAACCUUCCGGGUCCUAAUUUUACACUUGAUCAACUUAUUUCCACAUUUGAUAAUCAGAAUCUCAACAUUACUGAUCUAGUUGCACUUUCAGGUGCUCAUACAAUUGGUAGGGCUCAAUGCAGAUUUUUUGAUAAUCGAUUGUAUAAUUUUAGCAACAGUGGGAACCCAGAUCCUACUCUAAACACAACUCUCUUAGAAUCACUGCAAGCAAUAUGUCCCAAUGGUGGACCUGGAACAAAUCUCACCAAUUUGGACUUAACUACUCCUGACACAUUCGACUCCAACUACUAUUCCAAUCUUCAACUGCAAAAUGGCUUGCUUCGGACAGACCAAGAGUUGUUCAGCACAACUGAUGCAGAUACUAUUCCUAUUGUCAAUAGCUACAUCAGUAACCAAACUCUUUUCUUUGAAAAUUUCAAGGCAUCAAUGAUAAAAAUGGGCAACAUUGGAGUGUUAACAGGAUCACAGGGUGAAAUUCGAACACAAUGUAAUUUGGUGAAUGGAAAUUCUGCUACACUUGCUACAUUUACCAGCAAAGAAUCAUCACAAGAUGGAAUGGUUGGCUCAAUUUAA